AUGGCAUUGAACACUAAUUUUCCUCAUAAUCGUAAACGGACCGUCUACGUCGGUGGAUUUGGUGAUGAAGUUACGGAGAAGACCCUGAACUACGCUUUUAUCCCGUUUGGAGACAUUGUUGGGAUCUCUGUUCCACUAGAUUACGAAAGCGGUAAACAUCGAGGCUUUGGGUACGUGUUUCAUUUUGUGGCUUUUCGAGUUUUAGGCAUCGAAUUUCAUUCUAAAAUGUCGAAAUAAAAAUCGCUUUAGAUUCGUCGAAUUCGCUUUGGCCGAAGAUGCCGCUGCAGCGAUUGAUAACAUGAACGACGGUGAGUUGUAUGGCCGGACGAUAAGAGUGAACUUUGCACGGCCUCCUAAGGCAAACGAACGAUCUAGCAGACCUGUUUGGGCAGAUGACGAGUGGCUAAAACAAUAUGGAGGUGGUCAAAAAGAUGCGGGCUCCGACCACGAAGAUAACGAGAAUGAAGGUGCCACAGAAGCAGGAGAUGGUGAGGAAGUACCGAGGAACAAAAUAACACUGCCUCGAGUUUAUCUGGGAAUUAAAAUUGGAAUCCGGUGAGAGUUUUAUAUUAUUUUUGAUGUUUAGAGAGAAAGGACGACACGAAAUGUUAGAAACUGAACGAAAUGUUUUCAGUUAUGUUGGAAGGAUUGUGUGCGAGCUCAGGACGGAUGUAGUACCGAGAACUUGCGAAAAUUUCCGAUGUUUAUGCACCGGCGAACGAGGUUUUGGAUUUCAAGGGUCAAAAUUUCACCGAGUUAUUCCCAAGUUUAUGAUUCAAGGUGGCGACUUUACAAAAGGUGAUGGAACUGGCGGGAAAUCAAUCUACGGCCUAAAGUUCGACGAUGAGAACUUCAAACUGAAGCAUGACAUGCCCGGUAUAUUAUCCAUGGCCAACUGCGGACCAAACACAAAUGGAUCGCAAUUUUUUAUCUGCACGGCUAAAACUGAUUGGCUAGACAACAAGCACGUCGUUUUUGGCCACGUAGUGGAGGGAAUGAAUAUUGUCAGGCAGAUUGAGCAACAGGGAACACAAUCAGGGAAACCAAUGAUGCAGGUAACUAAAUCAAUAUGAUAUUUUGUUUUGUUUCGACAUAUCGAUUUUGUAAUAGAGGGUAAAUGAAUUUUUCUGUAAUAAAAAAUUGAUUUCAGAUUCAAAUCGUCGAAUGCGGGGAGGUCGAGAAGUAA